UAUUUAAUAAUAUUGCACUUUGGUAAAUUUGUCUUAAUUUUGUUGAUCUCAGUGUCCUUCUAUCUCCUUUCUUUCUCCUUCUUUCUCAAGACCAUUACAACAUUUCUAGUCAGCUUCAUCUUCAAGCAGCAUUCAAGAAGUCAUUUUUUCUUAUUAACUCAUUCAUAUCAAUGUUUACAUGACUGCCAAGGUUUAGCAUAAAAUUAACUUUAGUAUCUUCAUUUUAAGCUAUAAUUUGGCAUCACCCAAGGGAAGAAUGUAUCUGGUGUAGAAUGGUAGGCUUUGACCAUUUUUUUAAUUAAAAAUUUCUUUUAACUUUCAGCUUGAAAUUAUUUUAAACUUACAAUUCAGUUGCAAAAAUAGUAAAAAAUGUUUCCAUAUACAUUUGACUCAUCUUCCCCAAAUAUAAUCACCUUACAUAACUAUAGUCCACUUACUGAAACUAGAAAUUUACUGCUGAUAAAAUAGCAGGUAGACUUUGACCUUACUGAGAGCAGUACUGGGGUCUGAGGAAAGAGCUAGAGGCAUGCUGGACAACUGAUCACUGAUCUUAUGGGUGACUUAAAACAGUGGGUGAUUCAGAACUCCAUUUAUUUUGGGCUUUCAGUGAUAAAAUGAUGGGGGGGUCAUGUAUUUCACCUUCCUAAUUUUCUUUUGUGUAUCCUAGUGCUAAAAUUUACAUGGAUUCUUGAAAGACAUAAACUCAAAAGAGUUCUUAUCCUAGCAAAUACUUAAUCAAUUCUUUAUAAGAUGCCAGGAACUCUGCUGGAAUGUGGAGAAUCAAAGAUAAAUAAAGAUUUCUGUUCUACCUAUGUGCCACUACUCUGCUUGUCUUUGGAGGGAUUAUCACAUUUAAUCCUUACAACAGCCAUAGGAGGUAAGAACUACUGUUAUCCCUACUGACUGAAGCAAAACUGGAGACUUAGAGAACUAGCAAAGAAACCAGGCAGCUGUACGCUUAACUUCCAUGCUACACUAUGCCAAGUGCUAUUGAUUUGUUUUCAAGCCUGGAAUAACAUUGCUAGAUGACAUCACUAGUCUUCAUCUUAUAUAAAACAAAACAUGCAUAUUACCAUAAAAAUGGCUUAGAAAGGCAAAUGCAUAAUGAACCUUAAAAAGAUGGGUACAUUUAGAGACAAAAGUUUGUCAACAGGAAUAGUUUACCCAUGUUACCAAAUCUCUUUCCCAGAGGGGUUCUUGUAUCUGUUAAGAGCAUGUCAAGAUACAAGUGUGCACGCGGGAAUGGCACGGCCGCUGAGACAGCCUGAAGUCCAGGAUGAACAACCUCCUCAGCCUAGGACAUCAAUUCUCAAGUGCAUAGGUCCCUACCUUUUCUGCAUUUACUCAAAGGAAAACAUAGCUUUGGAAAUUUAACAAAUGAUUAAAUCCUCAUUAUACUGAUCACGAUUUCUUGUUAUUUGCACACUGUAAUAUCUGUGAGGUCUUAGUGAGUGUGAGCGCUUCCUUGGGGGUUGGAGGUGGUGGCUUCCGGAGCUAGUCUGAGCCUGGCAGUAAGAGUUAGCCGUGGUAAUGGCGAAGAGCCUCUGCUUUCUCCUCAUGUCCGCUGUGAUCCUAUUGUCGGUGGCAGAUGAAAAACCCAUCCCAACCAGCAGCAAAACUACGCAAAGAAUCCCAACCGCUUAGUGGGAGAACUGGCAUCUUUCCACGGAGAAGCACUGUCGUCCCCACACACUGGGCGGGGAGUCAGCAUGUGGCCCUUGGGCCUCUGUGGGUUCCACUCCACUUUAAAAUCCAUUUAAAAAAUGAAUUUGAAUUUAAGGUGUCUCAAAGCUGGAUCCGCUCUUUUGAGAACAGAGGAGAGGGCAAUGGGAAAGGGCCUUCCCUUGGGUUUGGGGUGGGGGGGCCCCAGCCGCGGGAAGUUGGAGGAUGCAGGCCUUGGGGAGAGGGCUCCUCGGAGGGCGCACCGUCCAGUGCCCCCCUCCCCAGCAGACGCUCGCCCUGGACCCCACGACCGCGUCCUCUCACCGCUCAGGGGGCGAAGGAACACAGGAGCCCCAGCCUCCCGUCCACCCGCCCGCCGCGCUCCUCCGGCGGCCCCUGGGCCGUGGGCGCAGAGCCCCAGAAGCGGGCGGGGCGGGCUCGGCGCUCGGAGGAGAGGGCGAAGGGCCGGCGGCGGCCGCGCGGGCGUCCACAGGCUGCGGGGCCGCGGGGGGGCGCGGAGCCGAGGGGGAGGGUUUAAAUCUCGGCGAAGUUCCCGGAUGGUCGCAGCCUCCCGGCGUUGAGAGCUUUUCCUGCCCGGCCGGCGCAGCCCUACCAACCCGCGAGAAGUUUCCCAGAAAAAAAUGCCCGGCGCGCCGCGAGGCCUUGGAACCGCCCGGAGCCGCCGCGCGGCGAGGCGAAGAAGGUGCAGUGAGGAAGUGUGUCACGUGCAGCAUGUACAGGAAGCUGGCUGGGAGAUAGCGGGGGCACUUGAGAUCUUGGUCGUUUUCAGCGGAUUGAAACAACACAGACUCAUCAGCAAGACUGUUGAAAGCAUAACUGUCCGAGAUGCCUGUCCCUCCCCCUCCGGCACCCCCACCCCCUCCUACGUUUGCUUUGGCCAAUACAGAAAAGCCUUCCCUGAAUAAGUCAGAGCAGGCUGGGAGAAAUGCGCUUCUUUCUGACAUCAACAAAGGGAAGAAACUCAAGAAGACAGUCACCAAUGACAGAAGUGCACCAAUAUUGGACAAACCAAAAGGAUCCGGUGCAGGCGGAGGAGGAGGCGGUGGUGGUGGUGUUGGUUUUGGAGGGGGCGGACCCCCCGGCUUGGGAGGACUGUUCCAGGCUGGAAUGCCGAAGCUGAGAUCCACGGCCAAUAGGGAUAAUGAUUCUGGAGGAAGCCGACCCCCGAUUUUGCCACCAGGAGGAAGAGCCACAUCUGCCAAACCUUUCUCAAGCCCAAGUGGCCCAGGGAGAUUUCCUGUGCCUUCUCCAGGCCACAGAAGUGGUCCCCCAGAGCCUCAGAGGAACCGAAUGCCUCCUCCGAGGCCAGACGUGGGCUCGAAGCCUGACAGCAUUCCCCCUCCAGUACCUAACACGCCAAGACCCAUUCAAUCAAGCCUGCACAGCCGUGGGUCUGCAGCAGUGCCUGCGGCCCCCAGGCAGCCCAGCCCUGGGCCAACCCCGCCCCCUUUCCCUGGAAACCGAGGGGCUGCUUUUGGAGGAGGCUCCAUACGCCAGGCACCCUCCGGCUCCUCCUCGCUCUUCUGCAACAGGCCUCCCCUGCCCCCUACACCCAGCAGGGCCUUGGAUGACAAACCGCCUCCUCCACCUCCUCCAGUGGGCAACAGGCCCUCCAUCCACAGGGAGGUGGCCCCAGCCCCUCCUCCUCAGAACAGCAAGCCCCCUGUGCCUUCUACCCCAAGGCCUUCCUCCUCCUCACAGGCCCCACCUCCGCCACCGCCGCCCAGCAGGCCUGGCCCUCCUCCCCUGCCUCCCAGUUCCAGUGGCAGUGAUGAAAUCCCAAGACUCCCACAGCGGAACUUGUCCCUCACUGCGGCUGCACCCCCUUUCCCUCUGCCAGGACGUUCAGGCCCUCUUCCUCCCCCGCCCAGUGAGAGACCCCCUCCUCCAGUGAGGGAGCCACCAGGCAGAUCAGAGAGGAAGAAUCAAAAAGGAACUCCUGCUACCCUGAGGAUGCUUGACCCUUGGUUACCUGAUGCCAUCUCUGCCUGGAAACAGAUCAUAUGCAUCACAGAAACAUGCGUGUGCCCUCUCCCACCUCCUCCAAUAAGCAGAAAUGGCAGCACGGCUCGUGCCUUGCCUGCCACCCCACAGUUGCCGUCCAGGGGUGGAGUAGAUAGUUCCAGAAGUGGGCCCAGGCCUCCUCUUCCUCCCGACAGGCCUGGUGCUGGGGCACCUCCCCCACCUCCACCAUCAACAUCUGUUAGAAAUGGCUUCCAAGACUCUUCAUGUGAAGAUGAGUGGGAAAGCAGAUUCCACUUCCAUCCGAUUUCUGAUUUGCCACCUCCAGAACCGUAUGUUCCAACGACCAAAAGUUAUCCCAGUAAAUUGGCAAGAAAUGAAAACCGGAGUGGAUCCAACCGAAGAGAACGGGGUGCCCCACCCCUUCCCCCCAUCCCGAGGUGAUCCUUGCCUGUUCUCCUCCACCCGAGCCCAAGAGCGACUUCUGUAGCUGACACCUGAGAACUGCACGCCCUCCUCCCUCUGUCUUCCCUUGUCUCCUUUGUAUUGGCAGUAGGAAGAAGGGAGGGUGAUGUGGGGAUGUGGUGGGGGGGUGGAAAUACAGUAAAGACAUGGGCUAGCUUUUUAUAUCACGUAUAUUCUCAAAGCUAUUGCUUGUUUCUGUGGUGGCUGCCAGUGUGGCUGCCGGGGGCGUCAGUAGGUUUUUGUGGCGAGUAGGCAGAGAUGAAUUGUGUCCCAGCUUUCAACUAACCGAACUCAAACAUUCACUGUGUAUUUGCUACAGACUGUAAUGUUGAAGUGUCUGAAAGCUGUUUGCUUUCUAUGCCUUUUUGCAUGCUUGCCUCCCUGCUUCCAUGGCCCACAGAGCGCCUGAGCAAGGCGCUGUGCAGGGGCUCACAUGCGUGUUUGCUGUCACAGGAUGUGCUCUCUGGUGGUCUCGGCUGAGCUCUAAGACAGGGCUGGCCAGUAGAAAUACCACCACCAACACUGUUUUUAAAUUUCUAGUAGCACAUUAAAAAAAGGGAAAGAAAUAGGUGAAAUUAAUUUUAAUAUAUUUUAUUUAACCCAAACAUCCAAAAUAUUAUCAGUUCAACCUGAAAUCAAUAUAAUAAUCAUUAAUGAGCUAUUUUGUAUUCUUUUUUGGUACUACAUCUUCAAAAUCCAGGGUGUAUUUUAUACUCAGAGCACAUUGUCAUUUGAACUCGUCACAUUUCAAGUGCCUGGUAGCCACAUGUGGCUCGUGUCGACCCUGCUGGACAGAGCAGCUCUAGAAGACAGAGGCCAGUGCAACACUUCUUGUUUAAAAAACAAAAAAGGCAAGAUGAGCUUUAGUAAUUA